AUGGCAAAGAAGCGUAAACUAACCUCAAUCGCAGCCCAUGCCCGCCACCUCAAACCAGCUUCACCCUCCCCCUCCUCCGCUCACUCCACCCACAACAAGGCCAAGAGCAAACAGCUAAACCUCUCAGCAUACCACCCAGACCUGGACCCAACCCACCUCACCGACCCUUCCUACCUCUUCCUUCUCCCCCACUCCCUCGUUCACCCCUCACAAAUCCCCGCACCACUCCUCAAAUACUGGCGACACCGGUUCGACCUCUUCUCCCUCUACUCAUCCGGCUGUCUGUUGGAUGAACAAUCAUGGUACUCUAUCACACCCGAAUCCGUCGCUUUCCGAAUCGCAAAACGCUGCGCAACAGAUCACAUCAUUAUCGACCUAUUCGCUGGUGCUGGGGGAAACGCGAUCCAAUUCGCGAUGACGUGUGGGAAGGUGAUCGCGGUAGAAAUCGAUGAGGUCAAAUUGAGGUUGGCCAGGUGGAAUGCCAGGGUGUAUGGCGUUGAGGAGAGGAUAUGGUUUGUGAGAGGGGAUAGUAUGGAGUUGCUGGAUAGACUGGAGGAGUGGAGGAGUGGGAAGGGAAAAGGCAAGGGAAAAGAGGGCGAGGUAUGGAAUGGGUUGACAGCCGAAGAUCUCGAGGCAGUGGAGGCGGUUUUCUUGUCUCCGCCUUGGGGUGGUGUUAAUUAUGCCUCUGCAGCAGCAGUACCCACCUCUACCACCGACUCACCAGCAUUUGCGGCGGCAACAGAGGGAAACGAAUACUCCCUCAGCGCAAUUAAGCCGAUUCACGGCCGUGAGCUGUUCCGACGCGUAUCUUUAUCCUUCCGCACAUCAAACAUCGCCUACUAUCUUCCACGAAACACUUCCCUCGCCCAGCUAUCCGAGCUCGCUUCCCUGCUACCCGCUUCAGAUGCCUCUGAGAGAGACGAGAAGGUCAAGGUGGAGUAUCAGUACGUGAAUAAGGGCACAAAGCUCUCUAGCUUAACUGCUUACUACGGCGCUUUGGCCACAGAAUGGGAUGAAGAGAUAGAUGAUUGGAAAUCAUCUCCUCCUGCCGUGUCUUUAGAUUGGUCAUCCUCACCUUAG